UUAAACGAUUCUCUUUGGAACAAUGGAGGGGAAUCGUUUUAUCUUUUUUGUUGCAUAUGUGAUUCGUGCAGUUAUGGGAGAUAAUAGUUGGAACCCUAAACUUCUCCAAAAAGUCAAUGAUGAGCAAGGUCCUGACUGCCGCCCCCCGUACGGUUGUUUCCCUCUCGCUCCGCCUUGGGUGUCAGCAGACAGACCAGUGGCGCUGCCGCCUCUGCCGACCCAUAUCGUGGCGCCAAACUUCAGUUUUUAUUCGCGGACAAUUUCUGAAGGCAUGGCAAUCGAUGAGAAGAACCUGACUUGGUUGAAUGGCCUUGCGUUGUCGCCACAUCUUCAAGUGGUAUUCAUCGCCCACGGGUUCAUUGAGUCUGGACUCACACCAUGGGUUGGGCUGAUGGUGAAGUCCCUGCUGAGAACCCAGCCACUAUCUAAAGGACUUCAUCGCAUAGAAGACAAUCCGGAAGAGGAGGAGGCCGUGGUGGUGGUGGUGGUAGACUGGCGUGUGGGUGCCCAGUCACCCUACGCGCAGGCGGUGGCCAACGCGCGACUAGUGGGAGCCAUGACUGGCCAUCUCAUCAUGAGAAUGCAGGAAGUUCUAAGUCUCAACGGAUCUUCAUUCCAUUUGGUGGGCCACAGCCUCGGUUCUCACCUCAUGGGCUAUGCAGGCUCGUACACUUCAACGUUCGGAGACAAACCAAGUCUUGUAGGACGCAUCACAGCCCUCGAUCCUGCAGGACCGUUCUUCCGUAACGUCGACCCUCUUGUCAGGCUGGAUCCCAGCGAUGCAGAGUAUGUGGACGUCAUACACACUGACUCAAAUGAAAUUCUUCCUGGCAUCCCUAUGAGCUUGGGGAAUCCCGAUCCCCUGGGCCAUGUGGAUUUCUACCCAAACGGGGGCAGCCAGCAGCCCGGAUGCUCUUCGUCACUGGGGGAAGAACUUGUCCUCAACCAGAGAGACUUGAAGACCGGCCUCCUCGACUUCAUGGGGUGUCAUCAUCAGAGAUCAGUUCACUACUUCCUUGAAUCCAUUGCCAACGCUUGUUCGUUCGUGGCCGUAGAAUGUUCGUCUUGGGAGAAUUACCAAAACGGAUUCUGCUGGGACUGCACGAAAAAUUUCUGCGCAUACAUGGGGUAUCACGCAACGCCAGGACGUAAAGUCACCGCUAAUUUCCGUCCAACUGAAACUAUUAAUCAUACUUUCAGCUAUGAAAGCAAAAAUAAAAAUAUAGAAACAGACGUAAGCAUCACUGAUUCCAUUGAAGCUUUCAUCAGCGCAGUGAAAGGAGCCAUUUUUGAAACAGAGAUACAACUAACGGAAGUUGAACAUGACCCGUUUCUUUUCCCGAAUGAUUAUCCGGAGGCAGAAGCUGGUAAUUUCAGCGAAUAUAGAUUUACCGACAAUUUUCAAGAGUUCAUUAACCUGACUGAAGAAUUGCGUCGCUUUAGAAGCCGGAGAGACUUGACUAUCAAUCAUGUCGUCGCCUCCGCCGAGAAAAAACUGGCAUACAAUACAUCGCCGAAGACACUGUAUCAACAAAGACUUAACUCCCGUGCAACUCGGAGCAAGAAAAUGUUCCUUGCCACUCGACACGGAUCCCCUUUUUGUGGUCAUCAGGUGCGGGUGACGGUGCGUUCGUCAUCGAGCGCUGCGUCGUACCGCCACGGCGGCGAAGUGCUGCGUCUGAACAUCAUCCUACGAGCCUCCUCCAGCAGCGCCUCCUUCAGUAUGCCAUCCCACGGGACGAUGUUUCUGGCGCCCGGGAGCUCUCGUUCCAUAGUCACGGCGUUGGACGACAUCGGCCGUCUGCAGGCGCUGGUCGUAGAGUUCGCCGCACCCGACGACCUCCUGCAAUCCUUCCUCUUGUGGAGGUUCCAGUCGCCCGUCGUACACCUCUCGAGCCUUGUCGUCGAGUUCCUCGCCACUGGCGAGAAGAUCGUGUAUCCCGUGACGCCGCAGGAGCUGAGGAUGGGGGAAGUUCGGUCCCUGCGACCCGAGCGGUGAAUGAGUUCAACGAGUUUUUGGAAUAGAAUCUGCAAAAUAAUGUUUAUAAAUUAUGCACGAUUUUAAUUCAUUAGUAUUGAGGAAAUUUUAAGUCUUCAUCUACUGCGGUAAGCAAAAUCUGGCAAGGUAAUAUGAAACUGUUCAAAACAUUUGGAUUACUUAUUGCUGCUAAAUACAUUUAACAGCAUAUAAUUAAUACAAAAAUUUUGUUAUAUGGCAUUUUAACUAGAUGCUCUCCGUGUGUUUUAAGAACAUGCUAGUUAUAUUGUGUAUGGAUGCCUUUGAUAAACCAAUGUUUGACUUAUAUGACUUUUGUAGUUAUAAAUAACCAAGCAAAUUAAUCUCAAAAAUGCUUGGGUUGGAUAAUCUCAUAGAUUGAGAAUGAUUAAUCUCAUAGAAAUCGUUGAUUAAUCUCAUAGAAAUCGUUGGUUUUUAUAGAUGAACGAACCAAUGCCAUUCCUAUACAAAGUAAAUACCUGGUAUCAAGAGUUACCGUCAGUAGAAUAUAUGUAUCGCAAUAUUGGUUAAGAUCGUUAUCGAAGAAAGACAUUUGAAAUGAAUUAUGUUACAACAAGUUUUGAACUAAAUUUAAUUUUUGCUUCAAGUAACUUAAGUUAAACAUAUAGAUAAUAAUACAAUUUUUAAAAACUUU